AUGCUUGUUUGCUUGUGUUGUGUGGAAUUUAGGAUUCUUAAACUGAUCUCAUCUUUCAUCUCAUGCAUUUUUUUUUACGUAAGAUUUCGUAUCACAAAUUUGAAACUGGGCUACAAGUUGGUGCCUGUAUUCGUCAUAAAGGAAGUCAUGGAUGAAGAUGAUAUAGACUCAUUCGAUAUACCACUUAGGCCCAAAACGAGGCACGUAUUUAAAAGAAAACAGCAAGCAAAUUUUGAUGUCUCUUCAUCAAGAAAGACAACAGCUGUACUGAUUGACAACGAGGAUGAAACUGUAAAUGAGUUCAAGGAAGACGGGGAUGAACUUGGUACAACCGAUGUAACACAGAAUAUAAAAGUGAAGCCUGUUUUCAAGAAGAAACAAAUGGAUUCUAACGCAUCGUUUUCAAGAAAGUCAAGGGCAAUUCCGAUAGACAAUGACAUAGAUGGGGAAGUAGAAGAGGAGGAGGAGGAGGAGGAGGAGGAGGAAGAGAUUGAAAUUAGAAUCAAAUCCUCGUCAACAUUUCAACGACGAGAUCAGAGUGAACCGUCAAAGCGACGUUUAAACUUGUCCAAAUAUAAAGUAUCCAGCAAAGAGAAUGAUGUAGGAACAGAAGCAGUCAAGAAAGUGGAAAAGGAAAAAGGGUCAUUUAAAGAACCCUUGAACACGCCCCAAUCCGGAUUGGACAAUGAAAAUCCUGGGAAUAACCCCGUAAUUGCCAAAAUUGACGAGUUGGACACUAUUUUAUCUCCUAAAAAGGAAUCUUCACUUCCACCAAAUAUAGAAGUUCGAUUACCUAAACCCGUUAAUAAUGAAUCGUCGGUAACAAGUCAGCGCUUGGAUGCCUUGAAACUCGAAUUUGACAACGAAGAUUCUGAGGACAAUCCCGUGAUUGCCAACAUUGACGACUUGGACUUCGAAUUCUCCCCUGAAAAAGAACCGUCAGUGUCGCCAGAUAUUAAGAUUCCCUCACAUAGAUCAGCAGGUUAUGAACCACCGUUAACCAGUCAAUCCCAUAGUCCACCGCCUUCGUUACCUCGGUCAUAUGUUCCUAUAAAUCCCAAUGCAGAGCCAACUUUAUCCAAACGACAAUAUCUUAAUCAAGUUGCAUCUGAAUACCAGGAUGAAAAGAAUUAUGAUGAUGGAGCACCAUCGAAUCAAGAACUACGACAACCCGAUUUUGAUCCUGCUCCCAAUAAUGACUAUGAAUUGAGUGAUGAGGACAUGGGUGUGCUUAAGAGAAAUAUCGAUUUUGAGAACAAGUAUAAUGAUGAAAUUGUUAGUGAUUAUGGUUCAAGUGAUAAUGAUUACGGAUAUGAUGGGCACAAUAGACAUAAUCGAUAUAAUGGACAUGGGUUUGGCAAUGGGCCUGGAUAUGCUGACUAUGGGUAUGGGUAUGGCUUUAAAAAUCAAAGGAGGAAACCAAAUGUGUCCAAUGUCAAAGUGUAUACAAUUCAGGAACAAAUCGAACGAAUUGAAAAUGCGUUGAAAUUAGAACGAACUAAACAAAAGCAAAAAGAAGCGGCGAAAGUUGAUUUAUUGAAGCGGAAAGUGGAGAUUCGAAAACAAAGAGAAGCAUUAUUGAAAAAGUUGGAAGACUGGAGACUUUAA